ACCAUGCACCCACACACCACUCUACCGUCAAAUUCUUCACCAAACAGUUCAUGGCUUCUUGCUUCUCUCCCUUAAUUUCUCACCAUCACUUAAGCAUUAGUAACAAUAAUAAUACUUGUAACCAAAGAAACCUUAGCUUUGCUUCACACAUAACCCAACAUUCACUUCCACGAUUAUCAAUCUCUAAAUUCUCAUCAACCCUAUUAUUAUUUUUCUUCUUAUUAUUAUUUCUUUCAUUUUUCUCAUCUUAAUUUCAUCUUCUCUUCUUUAAAAAUAAACAUGCCGGGGACACAAAAUGACACGUUCAUGGAAGCAUCUGCGUCAAACGGCGUCGUUUUGUUCGGCAAAUAUGAGAUGCUGGAAUUGGCUGGAGUAGGCGCGUCAGCAAAGGUGUACCACGCUCGGCGCGUCGAUACUGGCGAGAGCGUGGCGGUUAAGGCCGUUAGCAAGCGCCAGCUCAGCACUACAGACGGUUACGCGGAGCAAAUCGAGCGCGAAAUUUCUAUCAUGCGCCGGAUGCACCACCCGCACACCGUGAGGCUCUUUGAGGUACUUGCCACGAAGGCGAAGAUUUACUACGUCAUGGAGUACGCUGCCGGUGGCGAGCUUCUGCGCCGUGUCUCCUCCGCCGGAAGGAUGACGGAGAAUCUCGCCAGAAGAUACUUCCAGCAGCUGAUCUCCGCCGUCGCGUACUGCCACUCUCACGGCGUCUUCCACCGCGACCUCAAGCUUGAGAACCUCCUCGUCGACGAGAAUAUGGACCUGAAGGUGACGGAUUUCGGGCUGAGUGCGGGUCGGAGUCAGUUCGGGCCAGACGGUUUGUUACACACAAUUUGCGGUACUCCUGCUUACGUGGCACCUGAGAUUCUCGCGAAAAAAGGCUACCGCGGAGGAAGCGUUGAUAUUUGGUCAUGUGGUGUUAUUUUAUUCACUAUUGUUGCGGGGUAUUUACCCUUCAAUGAUUACAAUAUUACCAUUUUGUACCGAAAGAUUUAUCGAGGGCAGUUUCGGUAUCCUAAGUGGGUCUCUUGUGAUUUUAAACGCUUUGUCUCCAGGUUGUUAGAUAGGGAUCCAGAGACGAGAAUUACUAUCGACGAGAUUUUGAAGGAUCCGUGGUUUUGUCGGGGCGGAUACAAGUAUCCGACCCGAGUGGUGCCCGAGUUGGAUGAAGACCAUGUGAUGCUGAAGGAUUUGAACGCAUUUGAUUUGAUUUCAUUCUCAUCCGGAUUUGACAUUUCGGGUUUGCUGACCCACUCGGAGUAUUUGAAUUGCGUGGAGCGGUUUGUUUCUAAAGAGGAACCCGAAAGUAUAUUGGAGAGGGUGAAAAUAAUGGGGGCUAAGAUGGAAAGGGUGAGAGUGGAAAAAGACGAAAAUGCUUGUGCAGGUGUGAGGUUAGAGGGGUUAGAUGGUAAUUAUGUUAUUGCUGUUAGGAUUUAUAGAUUAAUGAAUGAAUUGGUGGUUAUUGAGGUCAAAAGAAAAGAGAAAAAAGUGGGAGGUGGGAAUUUUUGGAGGACUAGGUUGAAACCUUUACUUCUUGAAUUGGCUCUCCGUUGAUGAUCCCAAAUAAUAAUAUUUGAUAACAUUCAAGUUUAA